AUGAGUGCAGAAAAUUUGAAUUUUGGAUCAAGCAUCGCCCUUUCGCUUGUGGCACAAUUCGACGAUUUAAAUCGUCUUAACGGAGUUUUAAAUGCUGGAAUUGCUGAAGAAUGUUUCUAUGCUUUUGUGAAGCAUGUUGAAUGGGUUCGUACCCAAUGGGCUGCAUCAGAAGCAGAAACCAUACGACUUCAGUCGGAACUGGAUGAGGCGCUACGAACACUUUCCAAAUGGGAGGCCAAGUUUUCACAUGUCAGGAAAUUGCUUGACAGUGAAAAGAGAGAGAGGAAUAUUGUGUUAAAAAAAUGCAAUGAAUUGGGUAAGAGACUGGAGAUGGCUCGUGACCUCUUGUUCAACGACAACCGCACCAAACUGAAUGAUGAAACCUUACAGAAGCUUGCCUUCUUGAAUGGAGCCCAACAAGACCACAAUGCCAAACUUAACGGUGUUCCAGAGUUGAAUUCUACUGGUACAUUGCUAUCAGAGAUGUCUUACUCUCGAUCGGAAGACGAUCUCGAUCUAUCUCUAGCGUCGACUCGUCGCUCGUGGGUACAACGGGGCGGAUGGAAUCCACGCGAAAACCCUCCUGCUUCAAAGAAACGCCGUUCCUCCUCGUCUUCCGUCACUAAGACAGUAGAGUUGCAAGGAGCGAAGGUGUUAGCUACUGCCAAAACGACAUUGACUCUCGAGCGGGCGCCGACAGGACAUGAUUUAAAACCACCACAAAAUUUCCAACCGAUAUCGGAGAGCAGCGAUGAAGCACCGCCUCGGAAGUCGUCAUGUCGGCUCUCAGGACAGUUUGUUAAGAAAGAGGACCAUCAACCGUGUACGCCUUCUGCUCCUCCGCAUACAGAGACGGAGAGCGGGCCGGAGCCGGAGGCGGGCGGGUGCGGGCGGACGCCCCGGACGGGCCGGACGGGCACGACGGGCCGCGCGGCGCAGCGCACGCCGUCCGCCGCGUCCGUGCUGUCCGGGGCCGUGGGCGGGUCCCCGCGCGCGAGGCUCCGCCCCCACAACUUCGUCACCAAGAACUUCUACCGCCGGGAGGCCUGCGGACCCUGCGGCAAAACUAUUGGGUUCGCAAAAGUGGGCGUGAAGUGUGAGACGUGUCGUGCGCAGGCGCACCCCGAGUGCCGCGCGCUGCUGCCGCUGCCGUGUGUACCGCCCGGACCACUCGCGCGCAGGCCCAAUGCCAGGCAGGAGGGUUGUAUCGCGGACUUCGCUCCGAGUUCCCCGCCGAUGGUCCCGGCGCUGCUGGUGCACUGCAUCAAUGAGGUCGAAAAACGCGGACUCAGCGAACGAGGCAUCUACCGCAUCAGUGCCGUCGAUAAGGAUGUCAAGCGGCUCAAGGAGCGGUUCUUGCGAGGGUGUGGAUCGCCGCAGCUGAGCUCGGAGGACAUUCACGUACUGUGCGGCUGCAUCAAGGACUUCCUGCGGUCGCUGCGCGAGCCGCUCGUGUCCAACGCGCUGUGGGCAGACUUCAUGGACGCAGCGCGGCUGGCUGAACCUAGUGAUGCUACUGCCGCCAUCGUGCAGGCUGUGAGCCAACUCCCGCAGCCCAACAGGGACUCGCUGGCCUUCCUCAUCCUCCACCUGCAGAAAGUGGCCGAGAGUCCAGAAUGCGAGAUGGGCAUCGAGAAUUUGUCGAAAAUAUUCGGCCCAACUGUAGUUGGAUAUGGCUUAGUGACGCAGGCGGAAAUGUAUAGCGCCACCGCGCAGAUGUUUAAUGUGAUGCAGUUGAUGCUGCGGCUUCCGUCGGACUACUGGGCACAGUGGGCGUGUCCCACGUCGGCAGCUAACUCGCCGGUUGCCAGCAACCUGGGCACACUGCCACCACAGCAUCCGGGCAAACCAAGGGGAUUCUUCUUCUCGCCUAGUGAUACUGGAAUAUCGAGAAAGAAGAGAAAUUACUUCCAUUGAUCAGCCAUUGAAACAACUAUGGUUAGUGAGUGAUCACUCAUGUUAACCAUUUUCUUGUAUAUUGUCUAUUAAUUUUCUAUUUAUAAAUUAAUUUGACCCGUACAGUGAUAAUUUGUAAUGUUUGCUAAGUUUUGUGUACACAUAUGUCUGAUUUAGCGAUAACUAGUUUUGUUACCAGUGUGUCGUUUACACCCGGCCACAUUUUGAGCGGAGCGCAUUUAGUUUUAAAAACUCAACCUUGACCUAUCGGAUUUUUUUUAGUGGUAAGCUAAGUAGUAAGCUAUUCUCGUGGGUCCAUCUUCAAUGAAAUUUUUGUUUCGAUUGGUGAUGGCCGUUUCAUAGGAGUAUCGUUACAAAGAGUGCAAAUUUGAUCUCUAAGAUCGCUUCGCGCUCCGCUCAAUUAAAAGAAGUUUCAGUUAAUUGUUUCUUUUAUAAAAUCUGUCGUUCUCUUGAAAUCAAUGCUGAUUUGUUUGAAUAUUGGAAUGUGAUAUUGCAUACUCUUUAUAUUCAUAAAUUGUAACGUAAUAUUAGUUCCAAGUUAUCAAUGAAUGAACUAAAUGACAAACAACUUAUAUUUGAGUCAAAUUAGAAUUAUUAUGAUUUUCAUCCCAUAUCAGAUUUAACCAUUCAACAAAUGUAGCAAGACUUUCAGUUGUACAAAAUUAGUAAUAGUGCAUACAAUAGAUAGUUAUUCCAUUUUGUAGUCUUUCAUGAAAAACAAGAUAA